AUAUUUUUGGCUAUUUUGGAUGGUUUUUGGAACGCGCGCAAAGUACGCCGGCGAUAAGUGGCGCCGUCUCGUCCAACGUCCGCACCUCGCUACACGAUGGAGUUCAAGUCCUUUCCUUUUCUGUUUCGGAUUGCAAGGGGGAAUCAAGAUGGGUGCAUACAAGUAUAUGCAAGAGCUGUACCGUAAGAAGCAGAGCGAUGUGCUCCGUUUCUUGCUUAGAGUUAGAUGCUGGCAGUAUCGUCAACUCACCAAAAUGCAUCGUGCUCCCAGGCCAUCUCGUCCCGACAAAGCCCGCCGCUUGGGUUACAAGGCUAAGCAAGGCUUUGUCAUCUUCAGAAUCCGUGUGCGUCGUGGAGGUCGUAAACGCCCUGUACCCAAAGGUGCUACCUUUGGUAAGCCAAAAAGUCAUGGGGUGAACCAAUUGAAGCCCACACGUAAACUGCAGUCCAUUGCCGAGGAACGUGUUGGUCGCCGCUGUGGUGGACUGCGUGUGCUGAACAGCUACUGGGUAGCUCAAGAUUCGUCCUACAAAUACUAUGAAAUCAUUCUCGUUGACCCUGCACACAAGGCAAUCCGCAAUGAUCCUAAGGUAAACUGGAUUUGUAACUCGGUACAAAAGCAUCGCGAGCUGCGCGGAAAGACUUCAGUAGGCAGGAGUUCACGUGGAUUAGGAAAGGGUCAUCGUUAUUCGCAGACGAUCGGUGGAUCGCGUCGCGCCGCCUGGUUAAGAAGAAACUCACUCUCGUUGCGCCGAAAGCGUUAAGCACGUGCUCGGUGUUAUAUUUUUCGGUGUUUUUUCGAGCGAGUCGUGGUCCGUUAUCGUACACACGAUAUUCAGCAUGUGUUGGUAGCCGUCACGAGAAUAAACACCAUUUUACAAUAAA